GACUCACAACUUCCCAGACAACAUGAAGCCACCACGAGCUGAGAACAAACACUAACACGGAUUUUAUUCUGACACCGGUCUCCUGUGAGAAUCCUGUUUGAGCUUCUCCUCCUCGCUAUUUGACUCCAAAGUGGCAAGACAAACCAGACUGAAGAUGUCCGUUGGCAGUGGGAGCCUCUCCUCCUCCGUCCACCUGUCUCCUGGGAGGGAAACGGCAGCGCUGCAGGUCAACCCGGCCCAUGUCCCCGCCCUGGAGAUCAAACUGGGAGCCCUGGUGGUCCUGCUGUCCAUCACGGUGCUGUUUGGUUUGGCCCCGCUGUGCAUGGUCCGGGGACCGGGGAGCUGCAGUGUGGACCCAGAUUUGCGGCGCAGGCUGCUGAGCUUGAUCAGCUGUUUUGCUGGCGGAGUUUUCUUGGCCACCUGUCUAUUGGACCUUCUGCCAGACUACCUGCAGGGCAUCAACGAGGCCUUCAGCAUCGCAGGAGUCACACUCCAGUUCCCACUGCCAGAGUUCAUCAUGGCCAUGGGCUUCUUCCUGGUCCUGGUCCUGGAGCAGAUCGUCCUGGCCUUCAAGGACCCAUCCUCUUCUGAUGUGGAGGAGUGUCGGGCUCUGCUGGUGGACUCCAGCCUCCAAGCCAAUGACUGGAACGACAGUCAACACUCCCACCGCCACCGUGGGUCAGAGGAGACCGAUAGUGGCCACUCCCACGUGGACUUCGGCUCUCAGUCCGCCCUGCGUGCCUUCAUCCUGGUCUUCUCGCUGUCCCUGCAUUCAGUGUUUGAGGGUUUGGCGGUCGGACUGCUGGAGGACGAGAAGGAGGUGCUGGAGAUCUGCUUGGCGCUGAUGAUCCACAAGAGCAUCAUCUCCUUUAGCCUGGCAGUUAAGCUGAGUCAGGGCAGGCUGCGGCGGUCGGUGGUUGCCGGCUGCCUGCUGGUGUUCGCCGUCAUGUCCCCGCUGGGUAUCGGCGUUGGCCUUGCCCUCACCGAGACCGAGGCGUCCCCGCAGCACCGGCUGGCCCGCUGCACACUGGAGGGGCUGGCGGCAGGAACUUUCAUCUACAUCACCUUCAUGGAAAUCCUGCCCCACGAGCUCAGCAUUGGCAGGAACCGCAUCCCUAAGGUCGCCAUGCUCCUGGUGGGCUUCGCUGUGGUCACAGCUGUGCUCUUCGUCAAACUGUAACCAUGGCAACACAUGAAACUAAAUCCUCACAUGAUGGACAGAUUGCGUCUAGAUCUGAUGCUAUGUAUCAGUUUUCAUAAUGAAAACAGGUCAUGAUGAGGAAUCCAAUCAUAGUAACUUCCUGUGCGUUUAACACUUCAUGACCUACAAAACCACAUGAAGGACUCUGGGACUGAAGGUGGCCAAUCAGAGCGCAGUAGCACCAGCAAAUCACAGCACAUUAGGACGAGACUUAGCCCAAGGGUUAGGGUUAGGGGGGUUUAACCCUAACCCUAACCCAAAAGAUGAGCUGCUAUUUUAGCUGAUAUAUUCAACUUUUAGCAAAUACGGUCAGAAGUACAGCCAACAAUUGUUAUUAGAAAAGCUUUAAAUUAAUCUUAUGUACUUCUGUGAGCAAACAUUUACUUUCCGUUCCUUUAAUUAAGUUUCCCCUCAGCUGCACUCCUGAUCUGCUGUCAAUCUGUCCAAAGCAGGCCAGCAGUCCAAACGUACCCGAACCCUACCAGAAACAUCCAGAGCAAAGAAAAGAAGCUGAUUCCAGUCGACUCCGAACACUUUGUAUCUCGACAGGUGCGGGCAGUUGAGUUAAAACAUCAAUAGAAACUAGUGGUGAUACAGAUCAUAACACUCAACGUCCAAAUCGGAUCACAGAUCCGAGUCCAGAUCGGAUCACGAUAAUUUUUUUGCCGCUGAUACUAAUUGCAAAUUAUUGCUGAUCUAUAUUGUUGUUUGAUUAUAGGAGCUGGUCUACAAGGCUUCAGACUCAUUUUCAGAGUCCUGCUGGUUCGGGAUCAUGGGGUUAGGGUUUAGUCUGACAUCAGGACAGUUCAGAGGACAUUUACUCCACCUUGUGUCUCCUAUGCAAAAUCAGCUUUGGUUUAUUUUCACUUUAUUCAACUUGCUUUAAUGGGAUUUCCUGAGAAGGAGAAGUGAAGAAAUGUUCUGCAGAAAUUAUGAAUUGAUGUCUCGUUGUGGUGAUGGUGACAUGUUUUGGACAAAGGCACCUAUAAAUGUAUUUUUGUAAUUAUAACACCAAUU